UGGACUAUCUAUUUAAACGUCAAAGUCCAAACUGUCAAGUUCCAACCCCGGGACCUGGGGAUUGUUUAUUUUUCAGUUUCAAGACCUAGAUGCAUAUAAAUUCAGCUUUCAUGAAUGUAAUUCGCGCAGUACGCACGUCGAUAUCAAAAGUACGACUGCGACCUCACAGAAAGUCGAUUGCAUCUAGUGCUAAUAAAGUGCAUUACAAAAUGGAGGGAACGAAAACUAUGAAGGAACUGGGAUACAUAUUUGAUUCAAAUGGUCAAGUAAGAAAAAUUGGAGCUGAUGGACAGCCAACAGAUGAACCAUUCCAAUUUGUUGUGAGCAAUGAUCACCAGGAAUGCCAAGCUCAUUAUGAAGAACUUGGCUCAGCAAUCACCAAUUAUGUUUAUGAUAUUCUUCAGACUCAGAUUGGAUUGCAAAAGUUACCAAUCCCAAAGGAUUCAAAUGAUGGAACAUUUAUUUUUGUUUCAAAAGAUUAUGAUAAAAAAGAUGUUCUGUUAAUAUUGAUUCACGGAUCAGGCGUUGUGCGAGCUGGUCAGUGGGCUAGAUCCCUCAUAAUCAAUGAAUCGUUGGACAAAGGAUCUCAGAUUCCGUAUAUCAAGAAGGCUUUGGCCAAAGACUAUGGAGUAGUGGUACUAAAUACAAAUGACAAUCACACAGCAGAUGGAAAGACCAUUCUCAACAGUAGCACCGCUGAGGAACAUGCCCUUUACGCAUGGCUGAACUACAUAUCCAAUGCGAAUGCAAGUUCCAUACUCAUUGUAGCACAUAGUUAUGGUGGGGUUGUCACGGUUUCUCUGGCAGAAGAGGUGCAAAAUGACUUUGAAGACAGAGUAAAGGCCAUUGCUUUUACUGACUCUGUACAUUCCUAUUCUAAUAAGAAGCUUACAAACUUUUUGAAACAGGUUACAAAGAAUUGGAUAUCUAGUCAGACACCGCUGGAUACACCUCUCAGAACUCCUGAUUUCGAUAUAACCAGACUUUCAGCAGGUCAUGAGAAACAUGAAAUGACAUCAUACAUGUGUAUGGAUUCUGUUUUUAAAUACUUUGAUGAAAUACUAAAUAUGGAUUAAAACGAAUAUUCACGUGGUACUACUCUGUUAUAAUAGCGAAUUUUUAUUCUCUGGUUAUGUUUAAGAAUGAGCAUUUAUUAAUGUUAAAUUUAUGUCUAUGUACCUAGUUAGUUAAUAAAUAAGAAUGUGUUUGUUUCAA